AUGUUCGACAAGCUCCUCUCCUCGGUCCCAGGCUUCCCAAUCUUCCAAAAACCCAACCUACAAAAGCUCCACCACAAACACAAAACCCUAACAGCCCAACUCACCACCCUCCAAACGCGCCUCCAAGAAACCACGGCGAAACACGAAAAAGCAGAGCAGACACGCACCUACAACCACGACAUCGAGACACCCUCCAAAGAAGCAAAGCGUCUCAUUCAGGAAAUAAAAGAGACCUCAACCCUGAAAACAAAAAUCGCCAAUGUUCAAGGAGAGAUUAGAGAGGUGCAGGCUGUAAUCGAGUAUCUCACGAACAAGAAACGCGAAAAGGAUGCUCGUGUGGCAAAGAAAGAGGAGGAGAUCACACUCGAAAACCCAUUCGAGGACCCUGCACCCGACAGCGCAUUCUCCGAAAAAUCCACCCUUGUAAUAGUAGACCACUCUGCCUCCACCCGCGAAACCCGCAGGCUGGAGCGGAGCUUUGAGAUCGGAAAACGGCACUAUGAAGAUGUUCUUCGGCAGAUUCGCAACGACGAGAAAGCCCUGAAGGACGCUCGCUGGACCGCGUUUCAAGAUGAAGAGAAAUUGGAUAAGAGAUGCUUCAGAUGUGAUGUGUGUCUGGAUCAGAUUGCGAAGGCAGAGAGAUCGCAUGAAAUGGCUCAUGAGGCGGAGGAUGUCAUGAGGGAGACGAUUAAGGCGCUGGAUAGGGCUGAGAAGGAGAUGAAGGAUGCGGAGUUGAGAGUUACAAGAGUGGGGGGGCAUGGGAGGGAGUUGGAGGAUGAAGGGUGUUGGAGUGAUUCGUAA